AUGGCAUUUGAAAUUUACAUCCCCGCGUCCCUCACCUUUCAAGAUUACAUCGGAAUUUCCCAAUGUGCUAGAACGCUAGCCGAUGGUUACGAUCGCAAGGACAAAUCCCGCGUCCGAGCUUCUCUAGCUCCUACCAUAAUCGUCGACUAUAGUAAAGUUGUCCCAGAGUGGGGUCGCAAGACAUUUGCCGCGGAUGUAUUUGUUGAAGAGUGGCUGGGACCAACGCACCUCGGGGUUAAGGCGCUAGCAACACAGCAUCUGUUGGGAGCACCAUACUUCAAAUCUGUCACCAAGGAGGAGAUUGUGAUUGAGUGGCAGCAAUUAGCGAGCCACGGACGCCGAAUUGAGGGAGAAGAUUAUGCGCAUCCAAUGUGCAAGAUUGACGAAAUUUCGGACGGAAGGAGCUGGAUGCAGCAGAUCUUUGUGAAAGUUGAUGGCCAGUGGCGUAUUUCUGAGAUUCGACCCGAGGUUCUUUAUCAUACUGGUGAUUUCUUGAAGGUCGGACGACCGGAUGGGGAAGGGAGUGUUUGA